AUGUCUGUCGUAUCGCUUCUCGGAGUCGAGGUCAAGAACAACCCCGCGCCAUUCGACGCGCCGUACGAGUUCGAGAUCACCUUUGAGUGCCUAGAGCAGCUGCAGAAGGGCAAGAUACCCCAAAACGAGUAUGACCAGGAGCUCGACUCGGUUCUUGUUGGCCCCCUCCCGAUUGGCGUCAACAAGUUCGUCUUCCGCGCCGAUCCCCCGGACCUGUCGCGUAUCCCCAACAGCGAGAUCAUCGGCGUCACUGUCAUCCUGCUGAGCUGCAGCUACGAAGACCGCGAGUUCGUCCGCGUGGGUUACUAUGUCAACAACGAGUACACAGACGAGGCAUUGGCGCUGGAGCCACCUGCUAAGCCUGUCAUCGACAAGGUACAGAGGCAGAUUCUCGCAGAGAAGCCGCGUGUAACUCGCUUUGCCAUCAAGUGGGAUUCCGAGGAGUCUGCCCCGCCUGAGUUCCCACCCGAGCAGCCUGAGGCCGAUCUCAACGCGGACGGUGACCAGUACGGCAUUGAGGAGGAAGAGGAAGAGGAGGAGGAAGCCGAGGCCGCUCCUGUAGAGGGCGAGGAUGCUGCAAUGGCUGGCGGUGAAGACACUGCCGGACCCGCGAACGACGAGGACGCCGAGUCUGAGGCUGGCAGCGAGGAGAUUGACAUUGAGGACUCCGAGGGCGAGGACGAAGAGGAGGAGGGCGAAGGUGAGGACGGCCCCGAGGACGACAUGGAGAUGGAUGAAGGAGAGGGUGCCAACGGCGAGAGCAAAGUACCGCAGCCCGGCGCGAAGGCAGAUGUCAUGGUCCACUGA